AUGCAGUCGACCUGUCAACCGCACCAGGUGCCCCAGCCCAACGCCAGCUCCGCCAGCAGGACAUCCUUCCUGAUCGAGGACAUCCUCAGCCGUGGAAGUGUCCAUCAGGUAGCUCACAAUCAGGGACACGUUCAUCAUCAGUUUCCAGGGCACAAUCAUCAUCACCAGUACCAACCAUUUGCCAGCCUCCUGCCGAGUUAUUCCACUGGACCUCCAGCUGCCUUCUUCCUUGGACCAUUGUUUGGCACCGCUGGUAUGGGCGUUGUACCUGGUGUCAAUGAACUCGCUGCACUCAAACAUUGCAGAAGAAGAAAAGCGCGAACUGUUUUUAGUGAUCAACAAUUAGCGGGUUUGGAGGCGAGGUUUGAGGCCCAGAGGUACCUGAGUACUCCAGAAAGAGUGGAACUAGCAGCAGCCCUCCACCUGUCCGAGACCCAGGUGAAGACUUGGUUUCAAAAUCGUCGGAUGAAGCAUAAAAAACAACUGAGAAAGAUCAAUAACAACGGGGGAAGCAACGGGAGCCUCUCCGGAGGGCAACAGUGCGGAGGACAACCCCCUUCCACCACAUCUCCAGGAGAGAGACCUGUGGAUUUUUCCCUGAACGGCGGUCGCGAGAGUCACGCAAGUAGUGACGCCGCCGUGGACUCAGACUCGGACGAGAUCGACGUUCUUGGAGACGAGGCACCAUCACCACCCCAGAUGACAUCACCAGCCCUCCACCUGCCGAGACGUACCAUCUCAUCGCCAACAGGUUUCCACCGGUCGAAUCAUCACACCCUGAGUCAUUCCCUCCAGUCCCCUCACCAGGAGCAGCUACUACAGCGUCAUCAUCGCUGAAGAACAUCCGUCGAUGCUCUCACCGACGUUGUGCCGGUGGUAAAUUUUACCCUUCAUUACUAGGCAUUCUUCAGCACUCUGUCCCAAGUAUUCCUGA